GCGGUAACUGGGAAAACAGGGGUUGCCGACGGUUUGGUGGACGGCUGUAAAUACCUCAGGUGCUGUCGCCGUAGAGAGGAAGCAGCAACAUGCUUCGUUGUAACAGUUGUCCAAAAGUGGUCCAGAACCCAAAAAUCUCUGCUCUUCCUGUUUUGUGAACCCGCUGUGAACGUUAGAUAUCCAAACCACAAUCUGAGCAGCAGCCGAAGGCACGGACUUCCUGAGACGUCUUCCACGUUUUCCAGCACUAUGGGAGCAACGCAGGUCCUCAUGAUGCCUCCUUCCUCCAACCUCAGCUUUGGAGGAGCCGAGCAGGGCAAGCAGUGCAUUGUCAAUGACCAGAUGGGACCUUUCACUGUCCUCUACAUCCUCAUCUUCAUCAUCAGUCUGCCUGGUAGCCUGCUGUCUGGGUGGGCCUUCAUCUGCAGUCCCAGAACGGAGCGGCAGCAGAGCACCAGCGUCUACCUGGUCAACCUGCUGGUGGCCGACUUCCUGCUGCUGCUGGCUCUGCCCUUCAAGAUCCUGAAGGACCUCGGGCCGGCGCCGUGGAGCCUCAUGGUGUUUCACUGCCAGGCCAGCGCCGUCACCAUCUACAUCAGCCUCUACGCAUCCGUCGCCUUCCUCGCCCUCAUCAUCACUGACCGCUACCUGCAGGACUGCCACAAUCUGCGCUUUCUGCGGCUGCAGGAGGUCGGCUUCGCCCGCCUGCUGUCUCUGGUCGUCUGGCUGCUCCUGCUGCUCAUCAUGGUGCCCAACAUGGCUCUGCCCAUACAACAAGUCCAGGUGCGGCGGUACCUCAGCUGUUCUUCCCUGAAGAAGGACAUCAGCCUCCACUGGCACGCCCUGACCGUCUUCCUCUGCACAGCCUUGUUCCUCAAUGCCUCCGCCGCCGUGCUCGUCUCCAGUGGACUGGCUUUCAGACGACUCCUGGGCAGCCGCAGCGAGCCCAAACUCUGGGUCGACGCGAGGCGGGUAGCGGGGAGUGUGACGGCCGUGGCGCUAGCCUACAUACUCAGCUUUGUUCCGUACCACGUUGUCCGGACGCCGUACACGUUGGCCCAGACCAAGGUCAUAACGGACUGCCAGACCAAGCGGCAGCUGUUUCUGGGGAAGGAGUCGACGCUGCUGCUGAGCUUGCUGCACGUCUGCUUCGACCCCCUGCUCUUCUUCUACCUCUACGCACCUUUCAGACAGACAGUCAGGAAGAUGUUCUCCUGCAGCAGAAACCAGGAAGUCAGCGAUGCAGCGAAACGGGCUGCGGAGGAAACAAUGCAACAUGCAACUUUUGUGUAGCAAGAGGCCUGCGUCAAACCACAGAUGCCAGAAACUACUUUAAAUGAGAAUGUUUAUACUAAGUGUAAAACAAUUACAACCGUUCUCCUUGGAUAGAUGCAGCACAUAUUUAGCCUAGCUUAGCACAAAGAAUGGACGCAUAUGGAAACUGGUAACCUAAAAUGCACCUACUCUAAAAGUGGACAAAAACUAUUUUUGUAGUCACGAAACCCACCACCGCACGUCCCAACUCCGCUUUAAGAUGGUUGAACAGGAAAAAAAAAAAGAUCUUUUCUGCACCACAUCAAUGCCGUGACCCAGUGACUAAGAAAUAAACCUGAUUUUGCAGUGUUUAUGAAUUAUUCACUCGCAUGUAUGAUCCUCGUCGUAAGUGCGAUGGUUCGGUGUCAGUUUCUGACAAUCUCAAUGUGUUUAAUGUUUAAUUUACAUUCAUUGCCAAAGUCUGUUCAUAUAGGGACUCGGUAUCAAAAUCUGAUGCUGCUGAAGGGUCUCUAGAUCUGAAAUGUUUGUAAAAUCUGGGGGGAGAGAGACCUUCUGUACAUGUUCAAUUAUGAUUGGGUCAGAAACACGUGCUGGUUAUCACGUGAGAUUGUCCCCUCAUGCAUGUGAACGAGCCUUAAAUUUGGAGGUAAUAAACAAACAAACAAAAAAAAAUCAACAACAACAACAACUGAAAACGACAAAAACAAAACAAAAGACAAACUGGUGUCGAUUUCAGCUUGUCUUGCUGCGGUUGGACCAGCAGAGUGCAGCAGUGAGCAGUGUUCAUCACUGUGUUCUCCAUCAUUUGCCUUGAUUCUGUCUUUUUACAACAACAUUUUAAGAGCUCGAUAAGACGAUGUAAAUCACA